CCUUUCCCUCCUCUUCCCCUUCUUCCUAAUAUCCUCACCUCUUACCUCCCUCUCCUUCUCCCAUCAUUUUCUAUAUUAUUCACGCGUAUAUAGUUCAAUUUAAAAUCCCAUUGUCGUUGUUCUCCUCCUCCUCUUACUAUAAACGCGAGGAUCGGUGAAUUGUUCGUUCUCGAGUGUCCAUAUAUAGUGUUGAACUCAGGAAUGAGUGGGAAAACUCGUGGUCGUUGUUCUCCUGGUGCUCGUACUGGCGUCGAGUUUGACGCUAAAGGUGACAGGACGACUGUCCAGAUGAUCCUUGUGUUAGGGACAAUCCUCGUGACGUUCCUCGGCUUCGAUGGGAUCGGACACACCGUUGUUGCCGCUUAUCCUGCCGUUGGACACGUCUCUACCAGCAAAAUUGCAUUUCAUUCAGAAUCUUUAAGUGCAAACAGUGGACCGAUUAUCGUUGCGCCAGUUGGAAAUCAAACUGCUGCUGUUGGAAGAGAAGUUGUUUUCUCUUGCAGCGUUCGAAACAUCGGAAAGUAUAAGUCAGAAUCUUUAAGUGCAAACAGUGGACCGAUUAUCGUUGCGCCAGUUGGAAAUCAAACUGCUGCUGUUGGAAGAGAAGUUGUUUUCUCUUGCAGCGUUCGAAACAUCGGAAAGUAUAAGGUUGCAUGGUUACGAGCCUCGGACCAGACGGUUUUGACGGUACACACGAGAACGGUGACACACAAUGCACGUAUCUCGAUAUCUCAUGAGACCGGCAGUAAUUCUGGGUCCGGUGGUACGUCCGGCGCCUUCGGUGUGACAGGAAGUAGCCAAGCUACGGAGGAAGUCGUCAACGGCACGUGGCGUUUGCACAUUCGUCAACUAAAGGAGUCCGACAGGGACUGUUACAUGUGCCAGAUCAACACCAGCCCAAUGAAAUCCGAGUUGGGUUGCGUCGAUAUACUCGUACCACCGGACAUUGUUUACGGGGGUGAUACCACAGCGGAUUUAGCAGUUUCGGAGGGUGACAAUGCAACCUUGAGUUGUAGAGCUACUGGUAGACCAACUCCAAGAGUAUCAUGGCGACGAGAAGAUAACGAACCCAUGUUCAUAAGGGCCUCUUCUGCAGGUGGAAGCACUUUCGAGAAGCAAGAGAGCUACAACGGUUCCCUACUGCAAUUCCAUCGCGUCGAGAGACGACAAAUGGGGGUGUAUCUCUGCAUCGCCAGCAACGACGUGCCGCCGGCCGUUAGCAAGCGAGUGACGCUCGCCGUGAAUUUUGCACCAAGCGUGACGGUACCGAAUCAGCUGUUAGGUGCACCUUUGGGUACUGAAGUAACAUUAAAAUGUUACGUCGAAGCUUUUCCAAAUACGAUCAAUUAUUGGGUGAAAAAUCAUCGUGGAACUAACGACGAGAUGCUGUUGGAAGGACCUAAGUACAGUGUUCGCGAGGAACGAUCGGGUUAUAAAGUCCUAAUGGAGUUGGCGAUCAAAGGAUUCACGGAACAGGAUGUGGGUAGCUACAAAUGCAUCUCUACUAACAGUCUUGGCAGGGCCGAUGGUACCUUAAGAUUGUAUGAGAUCAAAAUCGGCUUGACGGACAGAACGUCUCGUGGGAAGGACCACGUGUCUAUCAUAGGCGGUUUAGCAGAAGCCGCACAAAGUUCCGGUGCAAGCAAUGCAAGUGGAAAAGUUCCAGGAUACACUAGCAGCUUGUCGCAUAUUCUAUCGAUGUUUCUCUUCAUACCGGUACUCUGGCCACGGUGAAGAAAGGCAUCCCUUCCUGUUCGCUGCAAAGUUGCUGAGUACCGGAUGAUUGUGUGCCAAAAGAGAGGGGUUUCUCCAUAAAAAGAAGAAAAAAAGAAGGAGGAGGGGGUUGGAAAAAAUAAAAAAAAAAAAAAAUUUACGCGAAAGUGUCGUUCGAGCGCGAGAAACGUGUGUCUGUGUUGUCUGUCUGUCUGUCUGUCUGUAUGUCUGUUUGCCUGUACCUACUAAUGCGUGUCUGUAAGUGUGCGUGUAUUUGUAUGUAUGUAAAAGAAAAACGAAAAUACAAAAAAGGAGAUUAAAAAACGAAUAAGAAGAAAGCAUAAAAUGGAGGGAGGAAACGCGAAGAAAGUGAAAGAGAGAAAAAAAAAGAAGAA